UCAAACCAAGCUGAUAAGCAAACACUGUUAUUCCCUCUUUGCUCCACUAUGCAGUACAAUACUCCAAAUGUUCACUGAUGUUCACGCAACACAAUUGUCACUUAUUGUCCUGAUCUCUCGUCAUCGGAUGAAUCAUCUCUAAACUUAACUUGUGGAACAGACCACAAUGUCCUACCACAGAAAUGGAAUAAACUAGAAUAGAAAUUACACGAAAUAUAUAGUAUUUAUCCUAAAUAGCCUGGGUACGAAGUGUGUAAAUAAUAAUUAACAAACGUGAAUGCUUUAAAGUAUAUAGUCAAUUCAGUGACUAUUAAAGUUUUUAAUGUUAUUAUUAGGUUUAAACCGAUGACGAUGUAGCUAGUACAAACUCGUUUGUGGUGCCUGUUAUUUUUCUCCACGCUAGUCAGGAUGGACCAAUCAGAGUCAUUUGUGAUUACUGGCCCGGACAGUGUUUAAUUUAAUAACUGUAGGCUAAUGCCAUAAUUUAUCUGGAUUUGCUGUCAGAUACCAUGCCUUGGGAUUCAUAUAUUUAACAUAUUAUAGGCUAUUUUUUCGCGUAAAAAUAUUUCCAGUACGAUAAAAAGAUUUGAAUGCGACUCAACUGAUGUUGUUGACAUCCUGAGCCACCAGGCGCCCCCUGGAGGAGGUACACGUUGCACGGCACAGAAGGAUGUGUUGCGCGCGCAGACGUCUAUUAUCAGCGGAGCUCUGAGAUGCUCAGUGGUAUCGGGUGUCCGAACAGCGUCAUAAAAACACCUGUUUGUGUGGAUCACGGCGUGCCAAACCCGUUCUGUAUACUGAAGCCUCGGGAAAACAGCAGAAACCCAUCUUCACGGGCAUUUAAUCUAAUGUGGGUCAAGUGAGUAGAAUGGCAGCUCAGAGAAAUAAACACGUACUCCUGGCUAUUAAAGAGUUAGAGAAUAUUCUGGACACAUCUAAACUUGAUCAAAAUCCAGUCGACGAGGUCUGGCCGAACUUGUACAUCGGAAACGUGGCCAUUGCUCAAAAUAGAAAUGCUUUAAAGAAAAUGGGCAUCACUCAUGUAUUAAAUGCUGCCCAUUCCAAGCAAGGCAGCAUUGGGGACCAGAGUUAUUACGGCGAUACAGUUGUGUAUUAUGGCAUCCCAGCAGAAGACUCUUCAUCAUUUGAUCUUAGCGUAUACUUUAAACCGGCUUCUGAUUUCAUUCACAAAGCCUUGAGGAAGAAGAAUGGAAAGGUGCUUGUGCAUUGCAUCAUGGGAAUGAGUCGGUCUGCCACUCUGGUUCUAGCGUACCUUAUGCUGCGUCAGCGUCUUACUCUCCGCAGUGCCAUCCAAACAGUUGUACUGCAAAGAGCAAUCUAUCCUAACAGGAACUUUUUGAGCCUUCUCCUGGAGUUGGACAUUCAGCUACAGAGAAAGCGAAUGCUGUGUCCUAUUCUCUGACAGAAAAA